GGUAAAUAAUCCUGCCUUUACAUAAAGUUACAGUGUGAAUCUUCUAUCGAUGUGGUGUCUAAAGAGUUCGAUGCUCCGUUUUGCAAAGCAAAUUGCACAUAAAGAGGUGGCGAGAUCAAUAAGCAGUGCUGCUGCAGUGCAAAAUGCGCCACUACAUGGUAUCCGAAUUCUGGACCUUACCAGAAUAGUGGCAGGUCCCUACUGCACCAUGAUUUUAGGAGAUUUGGGUGCUGAAGUGCUAAAAAUUGAAAAACCAGGCCGUGGAGAUGAAGCUCGAAUUUGGGGUCCUCCAUUUGUGGGUGACACCAAAGAGUCCUGCUAUUUUAUUACAUUUAAUCGCAACAAGAAAAGCGUUUGUGUUAACAUACAAUCUGAAGAAGGCAGAAACAUUCUGUACGAACUGGCCAAAGUGUCUGACAUUCUAGUCGAAAACUACGUGCCAGGCAAAUUGGAUUCCUUGCAGUUGGGUUAUGAGCAUUUUUAUGAAAUAGCCCCUCACUUAAUCUACUGUUCCAUAACAGGCUUUGGAUCUAAAGGUCCGUAUAGUAAAAGACCCGGCUAUGAUGUGAUCGCAGCUUCAAUAGGCGGACUUUUACACAUAACUGGCCCUGAAAACGGCGAACCUUGCAAAACUGGAGUGGCUUUAAUUGAUCUGUCUACAGGUUUGUAUGCCCAUGGCGCAAUCUUAGCAGCCUUGUUAAAGCGAGCAAAGACAGGAAAGGGGCAAAAGAUUGACUGCGAUCUUCUCUCGACCGAAUUGUCAACAUUAAUCAACAUCGGUUCCAACUACCUCAAUGCAGGCAAAGAGGCAACACGAUGGGGCACUGCCCAUGAAAGCAUUGUGCCUUAUCAAGCCUUUCCAACGCAAGACGGUUACUACACAAUUGGCACGGGCUCAGAUAAACAGUUUGUUGAGUUCUGCCGGCUUAUCAAUCACAAGGAACUAGCAGACGAUCCCAAAUUCCUUACCAAUGAAGUUAGAGUGAAAAACAGACUAGAACUAAUUGAAAUAAUCGGCAGGGCUUUAUCUGCAAAGACCAAUAGCGAGUGGGCAGACGUUUUUGCAAGUUCGUCCUUUCCAAAUGGCCCCGUGAACGACCUGAGGGCUACUUUUAACGAUCCCCACGUGAAAAGCGUUGAUAUUGUGAAAACUCUGAACCAUUCAACGGCAGGAGAAAUCAGAGUUGUUGGUCCUGCUGUGACUUACAGCGAGGGAGGCAAUGAAAUUAGAACCCCGCCUCCAGUUUUAGGCCAACACACCGAAGAAGUGUUGUCAGGAGUAUUGGGCUACGAUACAAAAAAGAUACGGGAAUUGAGAGAAAUGAAAAUUAUUAGUUAAGCAAAAAUUGUGUAAUUUUUCAAUACAGCGUGUAAAUUGUUGAAAAUUAUAUUCUCAGUUGUUUUGUAA